AUGGUCCCGGGCCCACCCGAAAGCGUUGUUCGUUUUUUCCUGUGGUUUUGUUUUCUCCUCCCCCCAACUCGGAAGGCGUCCUGUGACCCCCGGGACCUCAAGAGCUGUAACCGCCCCUGUGUGUGGUCGAGGCUUUUGAUACCAAACUCCAGCCUCUCCAACCUAGAAACUGCGUACUUUCUACAAAUAUUGAGAUUUUUGAGAGCCUGGUACUUUUUCGAAGUCAGCUUAUUUAAUUAUCACCAAAAAGCUCCUGCAAGAUGGGAGCGGUUAUACUCCAUUUAUAGGAAAGGAACCAAGGCUCAGAGAAGAAAUUUGCUCCGUUCACCGUGUGCUCCUCCUCAGCCAUCCUGGCCUUGCUCAGUCAUCUGACAAGCUGACCUCUGUGUUUCCCCACUCCCUGGGGAACUCCUCCGCCUCUUGGCUUCCAAUGCUAUUGCUGCAUGCUGAAGACUUCCGCAUUGGUAACUCCAGUCUGACUGUGGGACGUAAAUGUUAUUGAACUUUAGACUUGUAUAUCGAACUGAUUACUCAAGAGCUGCAUUUGCAUGUGUAAUGGACAUCCCAAACCUAACAUACCCCCAAAAUGAAUUCCUGAUAUCUACCUAACUUGUUCUUGCAACAGUCUUCUUCCCAGGGAUGGAUGAAGAUCCCAUCUUCUUUCCAGUUGCUCAAGCCGAAAACCUUGAUGUCAUUGUUGUCUCUUCUUUUUUUCAUCCAAAACUAACCUGUGAUUUAUCCGCAAAUUCUGUUGGCUUCAUCCUUAAAAUAUAUUCAUUAUCGAGCCACUUUCAACACCUCCACUGCUAUAACCACCAAGCCACCUUCAUCCACCUUCUGGAUUAUUAUAUUGGCUUCCAGACUGGUUGCCCUACAGUCUAUUCACGGCCCCAGAGUAAUCCUCUUAAACCUAAGUCAGAUCACGUCAUUCAUUUGUUCAAAACUUUCAAAGGCUUCCCAACUUAUUAGAGCAAAGUCAAGGGCCUCGCAGUGGCACUCGAUGCCUGUUGUGAUCUGUCUCUUUAGUUCUUUAUUGUGUCUGCAGUGCUAAAAACAGUGCUCAGCAGGGCACAGGCACUCAGUAAAUAUUUGUUGAAUGAAUGAAUUUAUAAGAUGCCUUAUUGUUUACAAAGUGCUUUUACAUCUUGUCUUCUGGUUAUUCAUCUUCACCAUAGUCUCAUGAAGCACAGAUUAUCGUAUCUGUCUUGCAAAUCAGUAAACUGAAGCAAGAGAGGCCGACCUGCCUGAAGUAAUACAGUGGGUUGUUGGUGGAGGCUAAACUAAGUCAUAGGUUCAUUCUCUUAAGUUGGGGCUUUCUGCUCUGUAGGGAGCUGUCUCUGCAUCUGGCAAAGCACAAAGCUGAAUGAGGUCUGGACAAAGAAGCUCCACUCGCAAUCUAGAGAGUAUCUGGACUAUUGCAGUGAUUAAAUGAGCAUUUGAGGAUCUCACGUGAGAUUCCUGAGGCAUGAUUGUUCCUGAGGAUUUGCUCCACCUUCUCUGGUUUUGGUCCAUGCACUUUGUGGUGUGACUCUGGUGCCUCCUGGUGAACCACAUGCCUGUCCCACUGAUGUUGACGUGACCACUGAUUUGAAUUGGCUGACUGCAUGUGACUGGAUGCAAGGAGUACACCACAUCCCAGAAGAAGCUUCGAGUCAUUGUAUUUCUGCCAGGACUCUGCUCUUUAACUCUGCCUUAAGAAUAGCAUGUCCCAAGUAGGGGCUGCCUCUUUAGUCUAGGACCCAGGAUGAUAAGACACAUGGAGCAGAGCCACAGAAGCUCACAUGUAACCACAACAGUCCCACGUAAUGUUAGAGAAACAAAUGCUCUUGUCACACUGAGAUUCUUGGUAGUAUUAUUGCAUUAAAGUUGACUAAUGUACCUCCCAACAACCUUAAGAGAUAGGAAUUGUUAUUAUCCUGUGAUCUUGUGAAAUACAUAGUUGGUCUUCUCCCCGUUUCCUGACAUACAACUUCUAAAAUCCUUAGAAUCUCCAAAGUGAUGUCUUUUAUAUGCUAAUGAGUUGACUGAUGCCUGACAGCCCCUGGGUAGCUUCAGGAUGGUGCUGGUCACUGGAAAGACCACGGCAGGAUUAGAAAGAUGGCAAUUUCAGCUCCACCCCCUCAACAUGCCUUCAGGAGGGCAACUGAAGGUGAAGUGGAUCAUCAAUGGCUGAUGGAUUAAUCAAUCAUGCCUGUGUUACAAAGUCUCCAUAAAAGCCCCCAAAGGACUGGGUUCAGAGAGCUUCUGGAUACCUGAACACAUGGAUGUUACUGGAGGGUGGAACCUGGGGUCGGGGGGUGCAAAGGGGAAGGAGCAUGGAAGCUCCGCACCCUUUCCUUCAUACCUCACUGUAUGCAUUUCUUUUUCUAUAUCCUUUGGAAUAUCAUUUGCAAUAAACCAGGAAAUGUGUUUCGCUGA